AUGCUGUUAGUUGCGCGUAAAUUAAGUUUAUGGGCUUUGAAGUGUUUAGGAAUGGGUCGUUUUUGGAAGCACACACUAUCAGGUGAUGCAUAUCAGUUUCUUCACAAAAGUGAGAUACCAUCGUACCAUUUUCAGAAGAGUUUACGGCGAUUACCGAUUCCGAAACUUGAAAAAUCAUGUGAAAGAUUACUUGCAUCUGCAAGCGCUGUUCUUCAUGAAAUUCCAUACAUGCUUCUGCAUUCAGCUGUCAAAGAUUUCCGCAAGUUUGAUGGACCCGGUAAGUUGUUGCCAUAG